AUGCAGUCUGCUGAUACGGCAGCGGAGCAGGAACCGGCUCAACAACUAGAUUCAGAAUGGGAAGAAGAACAACAAGCAGAGCCAGAGCCAGAACCUGAACCGGCACUCCCACCCCUUACCCCCCAAGAAUUCCGCGUUUACAACCGUCUCGCGGAGCAGAUGGAAUACUUCCACGACCACUUCCGCCAGAUGUACACCACCCUCCAAACCGCCUGCACCAACCGCCGCCGACCUGCCGGCAUGAGCCUACGCCAAUUCCUCGACGAAGGCCUGCGCCUAGCCCGCUACCUCGAAAUGCACCACUCCAUCGAAGAAACCCAUCUGUACCCGCUUCUAGGGCGCAAGAUGCCCGCUUUCCGGUCUUCCGCGUCUCCAUUUUCUUCUUCUUCUAGGGGAGGAGGGAAGAAAGGGAAGGGAAAAGGAAAGGGGGGUAAGGAUAAGGAGUCUUGUGAGCUUCUUAGGCAGCAUCAGGUUAUUCAUGAUGGGAUGGAUGAGGUGGCGGCGUACCUGCGGAGGUGUAAGGAUGGGGAGUGUGAGUUUGAGCUGGGGGUGUUGAAGGAGAAGCUUGAUGUGUGUGGUGAUGUGUUGUUGGCGCAUCUGGAUCAGGAGGUGGCGGAUCUGGGAGCGGAGAGGAUGAGAAGGUAUUUUACGCUGCAGGAGAUGAAAGCGAUUCCAAUGUGA